ACAUCUUGAACCCUAGUAACAUGAAUCUGUGCAGUUGGCAACACAUUGGUUGCUAAAUUUUUGUAGUUAAUAUGGUGGUCAAAAAGGGGCAGAUAAUUACAAAUUUGUAAAAAGUCAUUGUUGAAAGCAGCACCCAAAAACCCAAAUUAUCUAAAAUGGCAGAAGCAGCGGUGGAAGAACGCCCCCCUCAGAAAUUCUACUGUCACAUGUGCAACGUCCAGUUCGAAAACGCCUCGACUAACUUCACGUGCCCCCAUUGCUCCGAUGGGUUUAUCGAGGAGCUGCAGGAGCUCCCCGAGAGCAGCCACAACCCCACGAUAGACAUCGACGACGAUGACGACAGCAGCGAUAUGGACUUCAACGAGCUUUUGUUCACUCCGGUCAACAUGGAAGACUUCCGGAGUGGCCGGAGUAGGUCCACAGAUGGCCAUAGGACAGGAAGAAGGUAUGCAGUUAAUCGCGCCAGGAUAGUUCGACCCAGGACGCUGACGAGACUAGCUUCAUCAAAUUUAAGGCAAAAUGUUCCAUUUGAAAACCUAAUACAGGACUUUAUUGUGAAUUUAGGAGUGGGGUUGAAUUGGGGCGCCGCUGGAAAUAUGCAACUGUUUCUUGGAAAUCCGGGAGACUAUGCGUGGGGCCGCGAAGGCCUCGAUGCGAUUGUUACGCAAUUGUUGAAUCAAAUGGAUAGCACAGGUCCUCCACCGGUUUCGAAAGAAGUAAUAGACGCCCUCCCCAUCAUCAACGUAAAAUCCGAUCAAGUGGACGCGAAAUUGCAGUGUUCUGUUUGUUGGGAAGACUUUGCAUUGGGCGAAAAUGUUCGACAGUUACCUUGCACGCACAUCUACCAUGAGCCAUGUAUACGACCAUGGUUGGAAUUGCAUGGUACUUGUCCCAUAUGCCGACAGAACCUAAUAACAGAUGAACAAUCCAACAACGAUAGUAAUCAAGAUUCUGGCGGAUCGUCAACAAGCGGAGGUCAAGAUACUUUAAAUGCCAUUAGGAAUAUUCUCCAACCUGCCCAUAAUACAUCAAGUAAUUUAGAAAAUUCCAGACCUACUCAUUCUAGAUCAGAUUUGAUGUAAUCAAUAGAAGUUUUCAAUUAGAAAUAUAACGCUUGCUAUAAAUUCGUUUACUGACGGUUUAUUCAUCAUGCUUUAUACGGAGUGAGUAAAAAGUUUAUUUGAGUUGAUGAAACAAUCAUUUUACUCAUUCUGAAUUGUUAAUAUAAUGAAAAAUAAAGUCGUAAGACUGGAUAAAGUGUUGUUAUUUUGAUGCAGUAACUGGAUUUUAACAGACUUGUCGAGCGUCUUGUAUUGUGUAAAUCUAAGCACUUAAGGUUUUGCCCCGCAAGUUAUGUUGUCAUUAUGUAUUUAUGAUUACACUGUUGUGAUAAUAAAAUAUCCUUUGAGAA